ACCCCCUUUUUAAGCACAAACCGAAUUUUCUUUCAUUUAGCCUAUCUAUAUCUAUCUAUCUAUUUUUAUUUUUUAAAUCGUUAACCAGCCGGCAGGAUUUGGGGGGGACAGGCUUUCGCCCUGGAGCGGUGCGCGAUGCUGUCUCACGCCGACCUCCUGGACGCCCGACUCGGGAUGAAGGACGCGGCGGAGCUGCUAGGGCACCGUGAGGCGGUAAAGUGCCGCCUCGGAGUGGGGGGAUCGGACUCGGUCCACCCGGGAGACCUGGCCAGCAACGCAGACCAGGUUGAGGGCACCACGCUGCUACCCGGGGAGGACAUCACCAGCGUGGGAUCCAACCAGUCCUCCCUGGCCGUCAGCUCCAAGGACCCGGACAAGCAAGCAGCAGCACAGCAGCAGAACCCCAACCAGUCCGGCCAGCAGCAGGGCCAGAGCCAGGGACAACAGAAGCAGAAGAGGCACCGGACCCGCUUCACCCCGGCCCAGCUCAACGAGCUGGAGCGCAGCUUCGCCAAGACCCACUACCCGGACAUCUUCAUGCGUGAGGAGCUGGCACUGAGGAUCGGCCUCACAGAGUCCAGGGUGCAGGUCUGGUUCCAGAACAGACGGGCCAAGUGGAAGAAGCGCAAGAAGACCACCAAUGUGUUCCGCGCCCCUGGCACCCUCUUACCCACCCCAGGAUUGCCCCAGUUCCAAUCAGCGGCCGCCGCAGCGGCGGCAGCAAUGGGCGACAGCCUUUGCUCUUUCCACGCCAACGACACCCGCUGGGCCACGGCCGGAAUGGGGGUCUCCCAGCUCCCAUUACCACCCUCCCUUGGAAGGCAGCAGGCUAUGGCGCAAUCUCUUUCUCAGUGCAGCCUGGCGGGCGGCCCCCCACCCGGCUCUAUGGGCUUGUCCAACAUGGGCUCCAAUGGCUCGGGGCUGCAGUCACACCUUUACCAGUCCGCCUUCCCUGGCAUGGUGCCCACCUCAUUGCAGGGUCCCAGCAACGUGACGGGCUCCCAGCAGCUCUGCAGCUCCCCGGACAGCAGUGAUGUGUGGAGGGGAACCAGCAUUGCCUCCUUGCGCCGCAAAGCACUUGAGCACACAGUCUCCAUGAGCUUUACUUAAUGUCCAAUGUUCUCCCUAUUGUCCCCCUCUGCUCUGCUCACCCCCAUUUCACCAUCUCCCCUGGACUUCCAAACGGUGGAGUCUAUAGCUAAGCCAUGGAUCAGAUAACUCUCCUUGUGACAGUGGCAAGAAUACCUAAGGAGCAAUUGAUUAACCCAGUAUCUUUACACUGAUGCCCCUUCAGCGGCUGGCCAUAACGGGAUGUUUUGUCCCUCUUCCAAAGAUACCUGCAGAUCCCAAACACCCAAUUAAUGUAAAUUAUUUACUGGCCAAUAAAAUAUGUUUUCUGCCUGGGUGAAAUUGGUGAAAUGCCAUAUUCAUAUUUAACCAUAACGAAAGAACACACUCUCAUUCAAACUGUCUCCUAGCCAGAGUGGUGCAAAAAGCCUCAAAGGUUCACCACCAUGCAUAUGGUCGGCCAAUUCUUUAUAUAUAUAUAUAUAUAUAUAUAUAUAUAUAUAUAUUGUG